UAAACCCACCUUCCUAGGAGCAAACACAGCAUUUCCCAGAGCCUUCUUCCUUUUCUCCAUCCCCAAACCCACAUUAUAAAACCCCAAUCCACCCCAUAGUUUCUCUCAGCUUGGAGCUUUCUCUUCUCAGUUCUAACAGACAGAGAUAAAAGAAACAAUACCAACCAAGCAGAAUUCAUUCAUAAUCUUCUUCUUCUUCUUCAUUAUCCUCUCUAAUUUUGAAUCAAAAUGGUAUCUUUAUCUCCCCCAGCUUCUUCUAAUGGAGUUACCCAUCUCCACUCUCUAUUUAAAACCACUUCUCCCAGUCCCAGACCCAGUUUCAGAGUGCCCCCGACUCGACCCACUAUCCACUGCAUCUACAAGAGCACCAGCACCACCCCAAGUGUCACCACUAAAUCCGGCGAAUUCAACUACUCCGGUGGCAUCGGGUCUGGUCGAGCCGACUGGCAAAGUGCCUGCGCCAUACUCGCUAGUAAAGUUGUUUCUCAGCAACAAGAUUCACAGAUGAGUAGCAAUGACAGCGCCGUCAACGGACAUAAUACCAUGGAUCUCGUCCCCAUCCAUAACAACAACAACAACAAGGUCCCUCUACCUAAAGCUCUCACCAUCGCUGAUUUUUCUCCGGCGCCGAUGCACGGAUCUAAUCUCCGCGUCGCUUACCAAGGAGUACCUGGAGCCUACAGUGAAGCCGCCGCCGGAAAAGCAUACCCUAAUUGCGAAUCAAUCCCUUGUGAUCAAUUUGAAAUCGCUUUCCAAACAGUCGAACACUGGAUUGCUGAUCGAGCUGUACUCCCUGUUGAAAACUCCCUCGGCGGAAGUAUUCACCGGAAUUACGACCUCCUUCUCCGUCACCGGCUACACAUUGUCGGCGAAGUUCAACUUCCCGUUCACCACUGUCUCUUAGCUCUUCCCGGCGUACGAAAAGAAUACCUCACCAGAGUAAUCAGUCAUCCACAAGCCCUAUCCCAAUGCGAACACACCCUAACUAAACUAGGUCUCAAAGUCGCUCGCGAAGCCGUCGACGAUACAGCAGGCGCGGCGGAAUACAUCGCCGCUAACGGCCUCCGCGAUACUGCCGCGAUCGCCUCAGCCCGCGCCGCAGAUCUGUACGGACUGGACAUUCUCGAAGAAGGAAUUCAAGAUGAUUCUGGAAAUGUAACCCGAUUCGUGAUGCUUGCUCGCGAACCUAUAAUUCCACGAACAGAUCGGCCGUUUAAGACGAGUAUUGUGUUCGCGGCGCAUGAUCAAGGAACGUCAGUUUUGUUCAAGGUUUUGUCUGCGUUUGCGUUUCGGAAUAUAAACUUGACGAAGAUUGAGAGCAGGCCGCAUAUGAACAGGCCGAUUAGGGUUGCCGAUGAUGGGGAAGUGGGGGUGGGGAUGGGAAAGCAUUUUGAGUAUAUGUUCUAUGUGGAUUUUGAAGCAUCAAUGGCGGAUGUUAGGGCACAGAAUGCACUUGCAGAGGUUCAAGAAUUUACAUCUUUUUUGAGAGUGUUGGGAAGUUAUCCUAUGGAUAUGACUCCAUGGUGAAAAAAGGAGGAUUAUUUGUAAAUUGUAAUUUUUAUCAUAUAAAAUGUAACAUUGUUUUAAUCAAAUUUACAAUGUAAGCACUACAUUAUUUAUUCUAUUGAUUAAUAAAUUAAAUCAAUGUUUUGUUUAUCAA